UUCAGUUUUCACUAAUCUUUUCAGCCCACUUUCUCCUUGCUAACCUUUUUAGCGCACUUUCAGUGCUUCUUUGACUGUUGUGUUAGUUAGAGUUUAGGGAGAGAAGAAUGGGGAACGACAGCUCUCGAGAGUCGUCUCCUCCUCCGACGGAAGAGAAGGAGAAGGAUUCGUCGUCCUUUUCGCGGUUCAAGGAGCGAUUGGAUCUCCAUGGAGUUCGUCGUCAUCUUCAUACUCGCCAUGGUCAACGCGCUGGCAACGGUAGCUCUAGUUCUUCUGCUCUUCGUAAACUUCUCAGCGCUGAUCAUUUCGCCGGAAUCGCUCUUCUCAUUCUCCGUAGUGCGGAAAUGAAGUUCAAGGACAAGUGGCUUGCCUGUGUGUCUUUCGGAGAACAGACAUUCCGUACAGAAAUAUCUGAUCAGACAGACAAACCAGUCUGGAAUUCUGAAAAAAAGCUUCUUUUGGAAAAAGGUGGGCCUCAUAUUGCAAGGAUAUCUGUGUUUGAGACGAACAAAGUGUCUAGCAACACUCUGGUAGGAUAUUGCGAGAUUAAUCUUCUUGAAUAUUUAACGCGGGGUGCGGAUUCUGACUCUGAGGUGUUUGACCUGUUAGAUCCAUCAUCAUCGGACUUGGUGGUUGGAAACAUUUAUAUUUCAUGCUCAGUUGAGGAUCCAGUUGAAACAGAAAAGAGUUUUGCAAGACGCAUCUUAUCUAUAGUGGACUAUGAUCAAGAUGGGACGCUUUCAUUUUCUGAGUUUUCUGAAUUAAUUAAUGCUUUUGGAAAUCAACUGGCAGCUAAAAAGAAAGAGGAAAUCUUUAAAGCGGCUGACAAGAACGGGGAUGGUGUGGUUAGCAUGGAUGAGUUAGCUGCCCUUCUUGCUACUCAACAAGAAAAAGAACCAAUAAUUACUUGUUGUCCUGUUUGUGGUGAAGUUCUUGAAGUUUCUGACAAGCUGAACAACAUGAUUCAUCUAACGCUGUGUUUUGAUGAAGGAACUGGAAACCAGGUUAUGGAAGGAGGAUUUUUAACUGAUGCACAGGCUUCAUAUGGGUGGAUGUUCAAACUAAGUGAGUGGGUCCAUUACUCUUCUUAUGAAGUUGGUAUAAAUUCUGGAUCAAGUGCUUCCCAUAUUGUGGUAUUCGAUCGGAGGACAAAGACGCUUGUGGAAGAAUUGAUUGACGGCAAAAUUGUUUUGUCAAUGAGAGCUAUAUACCAGUCAAAGAUUGGGCUUGGGCUCAUGGACCUAGGAGCAAAAGAAUUUUUGCUGAGCAUCUCUGAAAAGCAAGGGAAGAAAAUGAAUUCAAAGGAGUCUGCUAAAGACAUACCAAUGUUUGUUGACUUUUUUAAGGGUCAAAUCAAUUUGGCUGAAGCCAAGUAUCCUGUGGAACAUUUUAAGACAUUCAAUGAAUUCUUUGUGCGGGAGCUGAAGCCAGGUGUUAGACCAACUGCCUGCUUGGAACGUGAUGAUGUAGCUGUUUGUGCAGCAGAUAGCCGUUUGAUGGCGUUUAAAUCAGUAGAUGAUAGUCAAAGGUUUUGGAUUAAGGGACGAAAAUUUUCAAUAAAAGGUCUUCUCGGGAAUGAAGUAUGUUCCAGUGCAUUUGAUCAUGGAUCAUUGAUAAUAUUUCGUUUGGCACCACAGGAUUAUCAUCGUUUUCAUUCCCCUGUAUCUGGAAUUGUUGAGAAAUUUAUCGACAUACCUGGAUCUUUAUACACAGUUAACCCCAUUGCAGUCAAUAGCAAUUACUGUAAUGUAUUCACUGAAAACAAGCGAGUUGUGUCAAUUAUUUCAACAGCCCAUUUUGGGAAGGUGGCAUUUAUAGCAAUUGGAGCUACUAUGGUUGGCAGCAUCACAUUUUUAAAGAAAACGGGUGACCAUAUGAAGAAGGGAGAUGAGUUUGGAUAUUUCUCAUUUGGUGGAAGUACCGUAAUUUGCGUCUUCGAAAAGGAGUCGAUUAUUAUCGAUGAGGAUCUCUUAGCAAAUAGUGCUAGGUCACUGGAGACAUUGGUGUCUGUUGGGAUGAAGUUAGGUGUAGCGAAGAAAUCCUCCAACGUUGAACUCCCAAACUUGGAAACUUUUUCCAUAAAAGAUUAGGUUUACUUGUUUUCAUUUUCCAAUUUCACAUCAUUGUAUAAUUUGGCCUUCCUUAUAUUUUGUAUAAUAAAGUGGCUAUUUGGAAAAAUUAAGGCCAAAACCAAAUACUAGUCUAUUAUAGAUUAAUAUAAACAAAAAGGAUACCUCCCUUGUAUACUUUCUAUUAUGAAUACGAUGUCUUUGCUUUUGUGUUUUCCUUCA